AGUUAACGACACCGCCUUUGCCGUCUCCCUCCAACCAACUCGUUUGACCCCUCUCUCUUUCUCGAUGGCCGUGCUUUCUUAUUCCUUCCAACUCCUCCCAUGGACCUUCUCGGACUGAGAAACCAUUGAAGCGGCGCAGAAGAAACCCUAGAUCGCAGUGCGCAUCGGUUCUCUCGGCCGCAAUGGCGGGCAUCUCCAUCGGUUUUUUAUUCCCCUCGUGGUGGGAGAUCGAGGUCACCGUCGCUGUGGCGCUUUUCGUGAUAGCCGUCUACACCUUCUUCGAGUGGUUCUCCGGUGGCCCGGGGAUUGAAGUCUAUCAUUUGUCUGGUGGCGAUGAGCCUCUACCAGCGAAAGAGUCUCUUCCCGACGAUAGGGAGAAGUUUUCCACUUAUUUUGUAGUUGAGCCAACUUAAUGGAGAUUCUCAAGGCAUUUCUGCAUAUUUGAUCAAGUUGGAACUGUUGGCUGCGAAGAACCUAAUUGGUGCAAAUUUGAAUGGCACAUCGGAUCCUUAUGCAAUAAUUACCUGUGGUGAACAAAGGCGGUUUAGCUCCAUGGUGCCGGGAUCAAGAAACCCAAUGUGGGGUGAGGAGUUUGAUUUUAUUGUUGAUGUUCUUCCUAUUCAGAUUAACGUGACAAUAUAUGACUGGGACAUAAUAUGGAAAAGCACGGUUCUUGGGUCUGUAACUGUUCCAGUCGAAAGUGAAGGCCAAACUGGAGCCAUCUGGUACACUUUGGAUACCACAUCAGGACAGGUUUGUCUACAUAUUAAAACGAAAAAGCUUCCUGCAAAUACUUCCAGGGCUUUAAAUAGCUUUGCUGGUGCUGAUGCUCGAAGAAGGAUUUCUUUAAAUAAACAAGGCCCUACAGAGGUUUAUCAAAAACCUGGGCCGUUACAGACUAUAUUUGAUCUUCCUCCAGAUGAGGUUUCUGAUCAUAGUUAUUCAUGUGCGCUUGAGAGGUCCUUUUUGUACCAUGGACGCAUGUAUGUCUCUGCAUGGCACAUUUGCUUCCAUUCUAAUGUAUUUUCUAAGCAAAUAAAGGUGGUUAUUCCCUUAGGAGAUAUCCAUGAGAUGCGACGAAGCCAACACGCAUUUAUCAACCCUGCAAUUACAAUAAUUCUUCGCAUGGGUGCUGGAGGGCAUGGUGUUCCUCCUUUAGGAAGCCCAGAUGGAAGAGUUAGGUACAAAUUUGCGUCUUUUUGGAACAGAAAUCAUACACUGAGAAUUUUGCAACGCCAAGCAGAGAACUUCCGUGCAAUGUUAGAAGCUGAGAAGCAGGAGUGGGCACAGUCAGCAUUGCGUGCACACAGUAGCUCUGUCAGAGGCAGUAGAAAACAGGUUGAAAUUCUAGAAGAUAAUAUUGUCAAGACAGGAAAGUUCCAAGCUUUCAUCAAAGAAGAAGUUCUAGUUGGCAUAUUCAAUGAUAAUUUUCCAUGCACAGCUGAGCAGUUUUUUAAUGUGCUAUUGAGCAACGACUCAAAGUUUAUCGAGGAAUAUCGGAGUGCACGGAAGGAUACAAAUCUCAAUUUGGGCCAAUGGCAUGCUGCUGAUGAAUAUGAUGGUCAAGUCAGAGAAAUAACCUUCAGAUCAUUAUGUCAUAGUCCCAUGUGUCCUCCAGACACAGCCAUGACAGAGUGGCAGCAUGCAGUUUUUUUAUCUGAUAAAACAACCUUGGUCUUUGAGACCGUGCAACAGGCACACGAUAUUCCAUUUGGAUCCUACUUUGAGGUACACUGCAGAUGGUCGUUGAAAACAAACUCUGAGUCUUCUUGUAUGCUUGAUAUAAGAGUUGGUGCUCAUUUUAAGAAAUGGUGCAUUAUGCAGUCUAAGAUAAAGACUGGAGCUGUCGAUGAGUACAAGAAAGAGGUGGGUCUGAUGUUAGAAGUGGCACGCUCGUACCUUCUCAAGGCCACGGCUUCGAACCAAGAGCCUGAUCAGGCAUCAGGAACUCCAUCUGCUCAGGAUAGUUGAAGUCCACAGCAUUAUCAUACGAAGUCUGCCUGCUUGGCACCCUCGCUCGAUGAAGUUCCAUCUUUCAAGCCACUGUAAUCUGCUCUAUGUUACACCGGUCAUCCUGCGCUGGUAUUUAUGCUGUAUUCUAACUCAGCCUUCAUACAGGAGAAUUUUGUGGUGUGUGCAUAUUAUAUCUAACAUUCUAUAUACAAAGUGUACACAACUCGUCAAAUGUAGAGUACUUGACUCUUUCUUAUAUAAGAUCUCACUUUUUUAGGGGAAACAUC